AUGGCGCAGGCCCAGAGUCAAGAAGCACCUGAUCUCAGCACCCCAAACCGCUACAUCACGGACCAUGAUGCCAAGGGUCUGUCCGUGUUCAACACCAGCAUCCCUGACCUCCUCCCCGCCCAGAUCGUGGGGGGCAAGUCCAAGUUCCAUCUUGGCUAUGCUGUCGACAAAAUCCCCGCGGACUUCACAGGCCAGUCCGACAUCACCACUUACUCGUCAUUCCUGUCCAACCCCCCUGGAAUCUUCCUCCCCGGCGGCAGCGUCCUACGUAUUGUAGAUAUGAAGCCAGGAGGCGAGAGUCCCAUGCACAGAACCCAGAGUUUAGACUACGGUAUCCUGCUGGACGGUGAGGUCGAGCUUGUUCUGGAUUCUGGGGAGAGCAGGACUCUGAAGAGGAGCGAUGUGGCAAUCCAGAGGGGCACCAACCACCUGUGGAGGAACAACAGCCAGACGGAGUGGGCCCGCAUGCUGUUUGUUACGCUGGAGGCAAAGCCGACCGAGAUUGAUGGCAAGAUCCUUGGCGGAAUUGAGCAUUACGGGGUAGAGAACGCGAAGCCUUCUGGAAAUUGA